CCCCCCCCAACCACCUCCCUCCUCUCCUGUCUUUCUCCGUUGUUUUAAAUUCACUCCCUUUCAGUCUCUCUCACCUUUUCCUCCCAUCUCUUCUCGCUCUCGUACUUGGGUCCCCUAUCAAGAUGUCGUCGAGCCGGAGGAGGAUCACGGAUGAGGAGAUCAAUGAGCUCAUCUCCAAGCUCCAAACUCUGCUCCCCGAGUCCCGUCGCCGGAACAUAGGCAGGGCAUCAGCGUCGAAGCUGCUGAAGGAGACGUGCAGCUACAUCAAGAGCUUGCAUCAGGAGGUGGACGACCUAAGUGACCGGCUGUCCGACCUCAUAGCUACGAUGGACUCCAACAGCCCCCAGGCUGAGAUCAUCAGGAGCCUCCUUAGGUCCUAGGAAGAGUUUAGUCUGCCUGCUGUUUUUGCUCCUCCUAUAGUAUUCUCUCGGACCCCUGGUUAUAUAUAUAUGGUGUACCCGAGCAUAAACUAAAGCAUUAGCUAGUAGGAAACCGUUCCUUUGCUUGACGAGCUUGUAGUACUCUCGCUUACCCUCCAUUUUCUUGUACAUUUCUCUGGUCUGGCUUGAGUUGCUUCUUCCAUGACAACCAACCGACCAUGGAGAAAGUAUUAUGUAAUUGGAUUUCCUUUGGUGUUGCAGUCGAUAUUUGUAUUUCCAGUUAACCACACCCA